UGUCGGUCCGCCUGGUGGAGCGUUCCUCUGUGUCCCAACUCGCGAGACACUUUUGCCGUUUUGCCCUCUCUCUCUCUCUCUCUCUCUCUCUCUCUCUCUCUCUCUCUCUCUCUCUCUCUCGCUCGCUAUGCAUUGUCAAAAGCAUGAAACAUGUGGGCAGUGCAAGAAAAUAUGCAUCGUUUUGUAACGUUAUCAAUUCGGAAGACGGAUAUGCUCACCUGAUAAGAGUUUGCUCCCAGAACCAAACAAUUUCUAUUGGCAAGGCCCUCCAUUGCCAUCUGCUUAAAUCUGUACGCACGCCCCGGAUCUUUAUUUUCAAUUGCCUGGCUAAAAUGUACAUUGAGUUUGGCUGUAUUAAUGAUGCGUGUCAGUUGUUUGAUGAAAUGCCUCAAAGAGAUGCUGUCUCUUGGAACACCAUGAUAUGUGGCUUGGUGCGGCAUGGCCUCAACACUUCAGCUUUCACGUACUUUCGCUCUGUGAUUCGUUCUGGCAGACUAAAACCUGAUGGGAUCAGCUAUAGUAGCGUGCUUAGAGCUUGCAACGGUUUUGGCGGGUAUGGGGAAGGAUUAAUGGUCCAUUGCAUGUUGAUAAAACAGGGAUUUGAGGAAAAUUUGUGUAUUGGAAGUUCUCUUGUUGACUUUUAUACUAGAUGUCAUGAAUCUGAUGAAGCUAUAAAGGUUUUUGAUCGAUUGGUGGAAAAGGAUACAGUUUUGAUCAAUACUAUGAUUUCGUUGCACAUCCGUAACGGAGACUUUGGUCAAGCUCUGAUGAAAUUUAGGCAAAUUAUGUCAAAUUCUUGGAUACCAACAAGAGUUAGCUUCACUAGUUUGUUAAAUAUCUUUAAUACCCAUGAAAGAGUGAAGUUUGUGGGAAUGUCCAUUCAUGGUUUAAUCAUUAAGUUUGGGUUAGAAGGCAAUGAUAUGGUACAAAAUGGACUGGUAGUCAUGUAUGCAACUCCUCAUAAUUUUGAAAAUGCUGUUAGUUUGUUGUAUCAAUCUGGUACUCUGAAUCCAUUAUCCUCAACUAGCCUGAUUGCUGGUUACAUUUCUUAUGGCUGUUUCGAUGAAGCCAUGGUUUUAUUUUGGCAGUUACAUAGUGAAGGUGUUGAGAAGGAUAGUAUUAUGUUAAGCUGUGUUCUUAAUGCAUGUUCUAGAGCGGGAUGCAUCCAGUUAGGUACUCAGAUCCAUUCCUUAACUGUUCGGCUUGGUCAUAAUUCGGAUAGUUGUGUAUGUGAUUCCCUAGUUUCUAUGUAUGGGAGUUCCUCAUUUAUCAACCACGCAGAGCAAGUUUUCUAUGAGGUAAAUGGAUUACAUGAUAUUCUUUCCUGGACAGUGCUUCUUUCUGUUUAUGUUCAAAAUGAGUUGCCCAUGGAAGCCUUGAAAAUAUUCUAUGAGAUGCAGAAUGACGGGGUGAAGCCAGAUUCUGUUGCCUGUAUAAAUGUUCUUGGAGGUUAUAACAAUCUCGGUGAUGUUGACCACUUUAAAAAGAUUCAUGGUUACAUAAUUAAAUCAGGAUGCACAUGUGAGGAAUUUGUAGAAACGUCUCUUCUUCAUCUGUAUGCUGAUGCGGGAUAUCUAGAUUUUGCAUUCCAGCUUUUCUAUGAAAUGGCUGUACAUGAUGUGGUUUCAUGGUCUGCUUUGAUAUCAUCAUGUACAGAUCUUGGGUAUGGUGACGUUGCUCUUCUUUUGCUUGUGGAGAUGAUGAGGCAAGGUGUAAAACCAAACGAAUUCACUUUUGCAAGCACUCUUUGUGCCUGCACUAAAGUGGCAAGUUUCCAAACUGGAAGAUCACUUCAUGGGCAGAUAGUAAAAACUGGUCUUAAGGGCAGUAAAAUCGUUGACAGCUCAGUGAUUGACUUGUACGCUAAGUGUGGAAGCAUGUCCGAUGUAAAAUGCUUUUUUGAAGAAACAGAAAAGAAUGACGUAGUCAUAUGGAAUUCUGUGAUUGGAGGAUACGCUUAUCAUGGCAAUGGAACAGAGGUUUUGAAGUCUUUCCAUGAAAUGAGUUAUUUACAUGGCAUAGAGCCUGAUCAAAUCACGUUUCUUGCUGUUCUUUCUGGUUGCAGUCAUAAUGGUCUAAUAGAAAAUGUAAGUAAGGUCUUUGUUGACAUGGUUGAUGAAUAUAAAAUAGAACCAAGGCAAGAGCACUUUGCCUGCGUUAUUGGCGCCUUUGGACGUGCUGGAAUGUUUAGGGUUGCACUAGAGUUCUUAAAGAAAAUCCGAAAAGAGCCAGAGAUAACUGUUUUGAGGACAUUGCUAAGCUGUUGCAGUUUACAUGGAAACCAUCAACUUGGCUUGGCAGUAGCAGGAAAGAUUUUUAAGACAUGUCAGGAUGACAACACAAGUUAUGUCUUGUUGUCUGGCAUAUAUGCUCGCAUUGGAAGAUGGAAAGAAGCUGAAAAUGUGAGAGAAGUAAUGAAGAGACGGUUCGUAGCAAAGGAUGCUGGGAGGAGUUGGAUUGGAUGACUUUAAAAUGUUGACCUUAAGUUCCGAUUCAUGUGCCUUUGAAGUCAAUUCAUUUUACCUGGCUCAAAAUCUGUCCUUAUGGAUUUAUGUUUUUAAUGUGCUUGGACAUCUUGGAGGCAUCAAUAUACAUAAGAAACCAAAGGCUUAAUGUGGACUGCUUUGAUGCAAUCAUGGUGAUAUGCAUCGGGGAGCACAACUACGUUUGUAUACAGUCAGAUUAUUACAGGAAAUUCAACUGAUAUUUCUUUCGAAAUUUACCAGUGCACUCUCAUGGCCUUGAUGAAUGGUAGGGAUGCCCUUGCCGCCAAGAUUGAUGGGGCAACAUAUUUACAUGCUUACUAACAGAACAAGGACCUUCCCAUAUCCUGGAGGAUCCGUCACCAUAGCUCGGAGUCUUCACCCUAUACUUCGUCAUCAACAAAAUCGCAUCCCCCAAGUGGAACAGAUAGGGCACCAAACCUUGGUGACUGGCAGGAAAGGGAGAUUCACGUGUCCGGGGCUAGCUGGAAAGUGAGCAGCACUGACAUAACAAUUGCAGGGCUUGGAUGGUAUUCACUUGGGCUAAAAGAGGGUGCCACCAUAGCACUAUGGACUUACAACGGCGUGGAGGUUACCAUCCGAGAACCCUUGGUUCUUGAUAGAGCUCCCCUUCUUGAAUGUUGCCCAAGGCAGUCUCAGAUGCCACUGGAAAAGAAACCAGUAUUGAGGAAAAGAACAAAAGGCUUAAUGAAGAUAGAGGAACGCAACCUCUUGUAGAGGCAAAUAGUACUUGAGAGAAUUACUCCCAAGUUGUCAUUUUAUCUUUGUUGUCCAUGUGUUAUCAUUGUACCUGUGUCAUUCUGUUACCUUAAAGAAAAAAGAA